AGUGUUUCCAUCGAAUUUUAGGAAGUCCGUCGACGGAGUAGUCCGCACCUGCAGAGCCUGCAGAUCCUCGUUGGUUGAAGGGCACAUUGUCAAUAUCAUAUGAGGCGCCUUAUCCAGGACUUGCGACAAGUUGCUGAUUCAACUAGCUUGCUUCCAUCGAGGGGGCCCAACUCCGGAUGAAGCCUUGUGAAGAAGAUUGAGAAUCUGACAGAGGAAGGAGGUGAUUUGAAUGAGAAGGAUUCCCAGAACACCAAAUUAUUUGACUAUAGCAGAAGAGCUGAAGCAAUCUGGUGGCAGCCUUUAGCUAGCAGCCUCUGACGAGAGUUUCAACUAGCAAGAAGAGUGGCUCAAAUUGUGCCCAGUACAAGCACCUAGACGUCUUGGACUCGCUGGAGGUGCUGUGUGGAUACGGCACAACAGUUUCCUGCUCCUCGUAAGACCGCAUUGCAAGUCCUUCGGAUCUAGUGCUCUGAGUUGAUCGGCUAAAGUGGCUUUUUAUACCCACUCCAAGCUUCAAAGCUCUACGUAGUGUAACCCCGUGGCAAUCCCCUUCGCAUCAUGGUACGCCUAGGGAGCCCAGCCUUGCAAAGUCCACACCGCCAAGUCCUUCUUCUGCUGGGACUCCUUCUGUCAAGUUCCCUCCUCGUUUCGGGUCAGGUCGCCCUCCCCCCCCUCUCUCCAGCCCCAGCCCCUCAGGCUACCAUCGCCACCAGUGUUCUUCCCAACGUUUCAGCUCUGAACGAAUCCGCAAAUGCGGCCAUUCUAGCAACUCUCAACAUUCUCCGGUCGGCGCCCCAACCGGCCCCCCCUGCGAGCAACCUACCCAACAUUUCAGCCCUGAACGAAUCAGCGAAUGCGGCCAUUCUAGCCACUCUCAACAGCAUUCGCUCGGCGCCCCAGCCGGCCCCCCCUUCGAGCGACCUGCCGAACGCUUCUGCCUUGAAUGCAUCGGCGACUGCGGCCAUUCUGGCCACUUUGACCGGAGUUCGCGGUGCGCCAGCGCCGGCGCCGUCGCAGACAAAUGUCAGCAGUCUGACAUUGCAGCAAAUCUUGAACCAGCUGAACCAGAGGGUACCGGCCACCUUGGGUCUUGGCGCGCUCGGCGUGACCUACGGCGGCCAACAGGCGCAGCCGCUGCCCUUCUCUCAAGUGGUCACACUGCUGCUGCGCAACAACAUCACCGCCAUUCGCUUUCUGGACCCCCCCAACGCGGAGUAUCUGGACGCGCUUUCAAACACAGGCAUUCAGGUGUCAAUUAUGGUGCCCAACAAUUACAUUGUGUACCUGAGCACCAAUCCUGACGCGGCCAGGAGUUGGGUUAACACCUGGGUUGGGAAGUACAUCGGGCGGGUUCAGUUCAAGUACGUGGUGGUCGGUGACACCCCGCUCCGCUUGGUCUACAAUUGCUACUACUGCGCCGCGCUGCCUCUGACCGUCGCCAGCAUUCAGGCUGCAAUCCUGGAACUGGGCCUUACGACGCAAGUCAGCGUCCCACUUGCGGCCAACGACGUUUUGGAUUUUGCUGCCGGCGCAUGGCCCCCCAACACGGCGGCAUUCAAUCCAGUCAUUGGGCCCACGCUACUGCUAAUACUGAAAACGGCGUUCGAGGCGAACGCCAAUCUUUUGGUCGAGUUGGAUCCGUAUGCGAUCAUUCAAGCGAACACGACCAUUCCGUUAAACAUGGCUUUGGGAACAGCGCAAAUGGGCGAUCCCGGCACGUUCCAGCUAAUCACGGGGCAGAACUACACCAACAUCUACGACAUCUACCUGGACGCCAUCGCUUAUGCUGCUACCGCGUUCCGGUUCCCAACGCUGAACAUCACGGUCGCCUCCACGGGGUGGCCCACCGACGGCGGCGGAAACGCGACGCUGGCCAACGCGCAGACGUACGUGAACUACGUCAUCCAGCGCGCGCUGUCCAACGGCGGGACGCCCUACCGGCAGAGCCGGGUGACGGAAUUAUACUUGAACGAGAUCAUCGACCAGGACCUGAUCGAGCUGACGGACGUGCCCUUCCCCAACGGCUGGCAGCGCCACCGGGGCCUAUUCACACCACAGGGCGCGCCCAAGUUUGCGGCGAAUCUGAGGGGGACGAAUGCGCCGCCGCGGCCGAUGAACGGGCUCCAGGAUCUGAUACGACUGCCUACCAGGUUCUGCGUCGCCAAGCCCGGUGUUCCCGACACCGCCCUCCUGCUUCAGCAGAUUCAGGCCUGCUCCGGCGGCGCCGACUGCACGCCGUUCGCAAACGGGGGCUCGUGUUUCCUGCCCGACACGGUCGCAGCGCACACGUCGUACGCGUUUAAUGAUUACUACCAGAAGCACGCGCAGUGGAGCCCCGCUUGCGACUUUGGUGGGACCGCACAGCUAGUUACAGAAGACCCCUCGUACGGUAAUUGCUCGUUCACUGGCGGGGUGGGUCUCCCGGGAUACGGGGUUCCGGGAACGGUUAGGAGUGCGGGCGGCGAGGGGCGAGUCGGUUUUGCAUUGAGGGUUGCGGUUACGUGCUUGCUUUCAGCGCUUUUAGGUCACGGGUUAGUGUAGGCUAUCGUCAGAAAGUCGUUUAGCUUAGCAGAGGAAGGUGCCCAGUGUUGUUGCCUUCGGGCUGUCCUUGAGAUCACCAACAUGCUGCCCGAUCCUUCCGACUGGUUCUAUUUCAGAAGAUGUACCAUAUCGUUUGAUAAUUUGUUUUGUGC